AUGUCGGGCACCCGCCCCUCUGCCGCGUUGCUACUUUGUCUUUACUUAUUUUUCGUUACGCCUCCUUCCCUUGCUGAAGGACCGAGUCAAAUCCUACCGACAACAGACCGUCCGGCUCCCGGGCCAUCAGGGCAGGCUAGUGCUGAGUGCAGGCUGCUGAAUCUACAGGCGGGAGGAUGUCCCCGGCACUCGCGCUUGACAUUAUCCUGGUUGUGUCGAGUCCACUUGAUUUCCAGGCAAGGCGAGCGCAGUUGGCUACACGACACUAAGCCCGCCAUCUCUGAGCGUCAGCGGCCGAAGGGAAGCAGGUGUUUACAGCAGCAUAGGCAUACCGAGCUGUGGGCGUUCACGAUCGAUGCAGGGUGGCCUUAUUCACCUCAGUUUGACCUGCAGGCGGCCUGA